AUGGCCACCAUUGAAACCAUCAACGAAGGCGUUGCCAUCAAUGGCCCCGUCAAGGAUUCCUUCCGCAAGAUCCUUACCCCCGAAGCUACCGCUUUCCUCGCCCUCCUCCACAGAUCAUUCAACAGUACAAGGAAAGCGCUUCUGCAGAGACGAGUAAUCCGCCAGCAGGAGCUUGACAAGGGACAUUUCCCAGACUUCCUCCCUGAGACCAAGCACAUCCGUGAAAAUGACGCCUGGAAAGGUGCUCCACCAGCACCGGGACUCGUCGACCGACGCAUUGAAAUCACCGGCCCGACGGAUCGUAAAAUGGUUGUCAACGCGCUCAAUAGCAAUGUCUGGACUUACAUGGCCGACUUUGAAGAUGCACAAGCUCCCACAUGGGACGCCCAGGUUUCUGGCCAAGUCAAUCUGUAUGAUGCCAUCCGCAGACAGGUAGACUUCAAACAAGGGGAGAAAGAAUACAAACUUCGCACCGACCGCGUGCUACCGACGCUGAUCGCCCGUGCUCGGGGUUGGCAUUUGGAAGAGAAGCAUUUCACUGUCGAUGGUGAGCCGAUCUCUGGUUCACUCUUCGACUUUGGCCUAUACUUUUUCCACAAUGCGUUCGAGCUUGUCAAGCGAGGGACUGGCCCUUACUUCUACCUCCCCAAGAUGGAAUCCCAUCUCGAGGCCAGACUGUGGAAUGACGUCUUCAAUCUGGCCCAAGAUUACAUUGGCAUGGCCCGCGGCACCAUCCGAGGAACUGUCCUGAUUGAAACCAUCACCGCUGCCUUUGAGAUGGACGAGAUCAUCUAUGAGUUGCGGGAUCAUUCUUCCGGACUCAACUGUGGACGAUGGGAUUACAUCUUCUCCGUGAUCAAGAAAUUCCGUCAACAUCCUGGAUUUGUUCUUCCCGAUCGAUCUGCCGUCACCAUGACUAGUCCAUUCAUGGAUGCUUAUGUACGUCUCUUGAUCAAGACUUGCCAUCGCCGCGGUGUACAUGCCAUGGGAGGCAUGGCCGCUCAAAUCCCGAUCAAGGACAACCCAGAAGCCAAUGACAAGGCCAUGGAGAAUGUUCGACAAGAUAAACUCCGCGAGGUCCGAGCAGGCCAUGACGGCACUUGGGUGGCCCACCCUGCUCUUGCACCGAUCGCCGCCGAGGUCUUCAACAAAUACAUGCCCACGCCCAACCAGCUCUACAUCCGCCGCGAAGAAGUCCACGUGACUGCCAACGAUCUUCUCAACAUGAAUGUGCCUGGCACCAUUACGGAAGAUGGCAUCCGAAAGAACCUCAACAUCGGACUCGGAUACAUGGAGGGCUGGCUUCGUGGCGUGGGCUGUGUGCCCAUCAACUACUUGAUGGAGGACGCUGCGACGGCUGAGGUUUCACGAUCGCAAUUGUGGCAAUGGGUCAAGCACGGAGUCAAGACGGCUGACGGCCAGACGGUGAACAAGGCCUACGCUUUAAGACUGCUGAAGGAGCAAGCCGAGGAGCUUUCUGCCAAAGCGCCAAAGGGCAAUAAGUACCAUACUGCCGCAAGAUACUUUGAAGGGCAGGUAACGGGUGAGGAUUACGCGGACUUCUUGACCAGCCUGCUUUAUAACGAGAUCACAACAGUGGGGUCGUCACAGCCCGUUGCCAAGUUGUAG